AUGCUUGACAACCCGUCAGUGGCUUCUGUCGCCAUGAAGGAGACGGAUGAAAAGGCAGGCGAGCCUCUGGCAACGUUACCCACCCGCCGCGCGAGCAUCGAGGAUGUGCGCCUCAAUGAGCUUGGUUAUGUGGCAUCCUUCCAGCGUACGCGGUCCUUCACGACUAUCCUCUUCAUGACCCUGGCUAUCGCUGCUGUGCCAUAUGGCCUCGGCGGACCUCUGCUUUUUGGCAUCAUCGGUGGCGGUCCGCUCUCUCUGUUCGUCGGGUUGCUCGUCGUUUUGGUCCUCGACGGCGCCGUCGCGUUAUCUUUGGCAGAACUGGCCUCUAGAUACCCGACUUCCGCCGGUCCAUAUUAUUGGACGUACCAGCUUGCUUCCGGAGGGUCGGCCAAUUUGAACUCCCGCUGUAGGGCUGUCAUGUACUCGUACAUGAACGGCUGGAUCUGGCUCAUCGGAAACUGGACUAUCGCACUCUCAGUCAACUUCGGCUUCGCCUCGCUCAUCGCUGGAACAAUCGCCAUCUACAUUCCUGGUUGGACGGCUUCUGAGUGGCAGUUGCUCCUCAUCUUCUACUGUAUCUGUCUUCUGACCUUUGCCAUCUGCUUCCUGUCCGACAGGUUCUUGCCGAUGGUGGACACCGCUGCAGCAACAACUACCUUGGUCACAGUCAUUGCUAUUGCUAUUGCCUUGUCCGUCACAGCGAAAGCUGGACGCCAUGAUGCUGCUUAUGCUUUGGGUCACUAUGACGGAUCGCUCUCUGGAUAUCCCACGGGCUUCAGCUUCUUUAUCGGGCUAUUGCCCCCUGCUUACACUUUUUCGGCCAUCGGCAUGAUCACAUCCAUGGCGGAAGAAUGCCGUCACUCAGAGAAACAAGUUCCCCAGGCUUUGAUGCCUGUCAUCCCCAUUGGAGGGGUCGCAUCAUUGUUCUUCCUCCUUCCCAUCUGCUUCGCACUGCCUCCUGUUGAGGGUAUCCUCGCUGCGCCCUACGGUCAGGCCCUACCUUACAUCCUUCACACUGUCAUGGGUACACGUGCGGGGGCUGUCAUCAUCAUGGCCUUCGUCUUUGGUGUCACGCUGUUCUGCUCCAUCAGCAUCACCGUCACAGCGUCUCGUUGCACCUUUGCCUUCUCCCUCGACAAAGCCGUUCCAUUCUGGUCUCUCUGGUCCUCCAUGUAUCACAGGCAACCAUUCGCUGCUUUGGUUCUUGUCACUGUUGUGGAGAUGCUGCUUGGUCUGAUCAAUCUUGGAAGCUCAAGCGCUUUCACAGCAUUUGUGUCGGUUGGUGUAGUGGCCCUGGCCCUAGGCUACAUCAUCCCUAUUGCAACGAGUCUCUUCAACGGACGACGCGAGGUCUCAGUUGCGCCGUGGAACGCAGGUCCAUGGCUGGGCCCCGUGGUAAACGUCGUUGCUAUCUUAUGGAUCUCUUUUGAGCUUGUGCUCUUCAGUAUGCCAACUUCGCUGCCAGUCAACAAAGUGACCAUGAAUUAUGCAUCCGUCGUCCUUGCAGGGUUUGCCGGUAUGGGUUUUAUUCUCUACUAUACUUAUGGCCGCAAGAGUAAGUUCCCGCUGUCCCCUAUUCCCAUAGAUAGCACAUGGCACAGCACAUCAUACAGCUGCUAA